AUGUAUGAAUCGGGCCUCCCACAUGGCUGGGAAGUCCGCCACUCAAAUUCCAAAAACCUCCCUUACUACUUCAACCCUGCUACCAAAGAAUCGCGAUGGGAACCCCCCACUGGCACGGACACCGAGAAGCUCAAGGUAUACAUGGCGGAGCACCACAGCGGCCCCGCUGACCGUUACGCUUCGGGCGGCAGCGGUGGUGGCUCUGUUGAGGGCAAAAUCCGCGCCAGCCAUCUUCUGAUCAAACAUCGCGAGAGUCGACGGCCGAGCAGCUGGCGGGAGUCUGAGAUCACACGCUCUAAGGAGGAGGCAUUGGAGAUCUUGCGCGGUCAUGAGCGGCGUAUUAGAGCUGGGGAGGCGACGUUAGGGGACAUUGCGAUGUCGGAAUCGGACUGUAGUAGUGCAAGGAAGAAGGGUGAUUUGGGCUUCUUCGGUCGGGGCGAAAUGCAAACUGAAUUCGAAGGAGCCGCCUUUGCCCUGCAGCCAGGACAGGUUAGCGGGAUUGUCGAAACGGCUUCGGGGGUUCACCUCAUUGAACGUGUUCAAUGA